UUGCACUGGCUGCGGCAGAUAUUAGUGAAUUGCAGGGAAACCUACGUGGUCUGUCUCGGAAGCAAGUUGAACCUUGUCGGACCUUUGUAAUAAAGCAAAUCAUUUUUUGCAAGCUUGCAAUGAACAGGAUACGAAUCCAUGUUCUGCCUUCGAGUCGAAACCGCGUGACCCAGACGAGUCGUUCUCAGGAGCCCCAGACGUGCUCCUUCACUCAGCGACCAUGCUCUCAGCCCCGCCUUGACGGCCUGGACUUCUGCAUCAAGCACAUUUUGGAGGAUAAGACUGCCCCGUACAAGCAGUGCAGCUACGUGUCUGCCAAGAAUGGCAAGCGCUGCCCCAAUGCCGCACCGAAAGUUGAGCGAAAAGAUGGAGUGACUUUUUGUGCAGAGCAUGCUCGCAGGAAUGCCAUGGCCCUCAGAACUCAGAUGAGAAAGGCGUCUUCCGGUCCGUCGCCAGAGUCACUUUUGUCCCAGCUUAGCGGAUACAACCGUGCAGAGACUCCCAGUAGUGACGGAGGUCGCUCUGAAGCUAGCCGUAUUUUAGAUGAGGACAGUCUGAGUGAGGAGGAGCCAGGCCCGUUGGUUCUUGACCAGACAUGGAGAGGAGACCCUGACAGUGAAGCAGACAGUGUUGACAGUGAUCACGAGGAUCCUCUGAAACAUGCAGGGGUGUACACAGCAGAGGAAGUGGCGCUCAUCACGCGAGAAAAACUCAUCAGGCUCCAGUCCCUUUACAUCGACCAGUUCAAACGCUUGCAGCACCUACUUAAAGAGAAAAAGCGGAGAUACCUGCACAACCGCAAAGUGGAGCACGACACUCUUGGGAGCAGUCUGCUGACUGGGCCUGAAGGUCUGUCAAUGAAGGAGAGGGAGAAUCUGAAGAAGCUCAAAGCGCUACGCCGAUACCGUCGUCGGUAUGGUGUUGAAGCCCUGCUGCACCGGCAGCUUAGGGAGAGGAGACAGGCUGUGACGGAAGGAGCCUCUCAGCCACACUCAAGAACAGUGCACGAGAAGUGCAUCUCCUUCGGUGAGGGAACCCGAUGUACCAACCCCUGCCUGCCCAUGACCCGUCACUGCGUCUCACACAUCUUCCAGGACAGCAAUCAGGUGCUUUUCAAACUGUGCCCCGGCGUGAAAGAUGUCCCGUGUGUAAGCCCUGUGCACAUGGGUCAGUCGGAUGAUCCCCGCUGCCCCCUUCACCUCACCCUGCCUCCACCCAUGUACCAGCCCGAGCAGGAACCGCCGCCGCAGGAGCAGAUCACCACGGCAACCAGAGACAUGUAUCUGAGUGCGGCAGAGCUCCAGCCCACAGAGAGCCUCCCCCUAGAGUUCAGUGAUGACCUGGAUGUGGAAGGGGACGGUAUGCAGGGUCCUCCAUCCCCGCUACAGUUUGACACGGCCCUGGCCCUGGAGGACCAGACCAUCAGAGCCAUCGCCGAGAGCCCGAUGGACAUCCUGACCGGAGAAGACCUGGACGCCUCGGGACAGGAGCUCUCAGAAAGGGAUGUGGAUGCCAUCAUGCAUGAUCAGGUUAACUCUCAACCAGGGGCAUCUUGAAUCUUUGUUGGAAUGACUGCACCCAUAUGCUGGUCAUUGUAUGUAAUGUAUAGGUCUAAUAAAAUAUUGGUCACAACCUUUGUCUGCACGGUAUCAGGGGCGUCACAUUGCGUGACGUAUGACUGGUAAACUUGAGGUCUUAAACAAAUUGAUCUUUUAAACAUAAGUGUUUUUUUCUCUUCACAAUGAUUGCCCUCUCUUCACACUGGCCUUUCCAUACAUUCUUUCAGUGUAAAUGAUGGGGAACAAAUCAUCAGUCUUCCAGAGAUUUAGGAAGUCCGGUGGAUGUGCUCGUUUUGGUAAUAACCCUCCAUUAAGGGAACAGUGAAUGUAGACGUAAUACUAAAACUACAUGUUUGAAAUCUACUAUAUAGAACCAACACUGUAUUCAGUCCCUUGUAUCGUGCGCCGUGAGGCUGUUGGGGAAGAGUUCUCUUCAUCAGCAAAUUCAAAUUGGCAGAGGAAAGUAUUAAUGGAAUCCAUCUGCUGCCCUUGCUCCUGUUUGAAAAAUGUAGGAAAACAACCAGCUUUGGCUUUAGUGCAUAACUGAAAGAAAAGGAAGAGAGUCCUGGUUAAAGAGAGAAAUGUGGAUUGAGAUGGUUUGAUGUGACGGCCUUUUAUUGGGGGCCUCUUGCUCACGGGCAGACUCGCCAUUAAUAUUUUUUGUUCAGAAAUCUUUGUUUUUCAUUCCUAUAAUCCAUGUGAACAUCUAACACUGAACAGAGGACAUUGAUUUGUGUCAGAAGUCACAUUGUUGGAGGUUGGCUAAAUUGACAUCAUUUUCAGAAGCCUGGCAGGUUUCCAUCCAAAUUCAUUGCAAAUGUUAACGUGGACGGCGAGAUGUGGAACCACCUUUUCAAAUGGACCCAAUGAUCUGAACCCAAGUCACACACACACACACACACACACACACAGGUAGCAAUUCUGACCGUGACGUCAAACCUAACCAAGCAAAGGAUUCUCUGCUUCAAAAAUGCCACAUUGUUUCAGUGACGCCGGCAAAGGUAAAUGUAGCGCUGUCCUCCUGACUUCCUGGUCCCGCACCUGGCGGCUGCUGUCGUGGGAGGUGAAAGAGAAGACGCCACUGAUGAGUCACUCCCAGAUGAAAAUCAAUUGGUUCACAAAUACCUUUAAAGGCCAUUUCCAACAGUUUAAUGGUCAAUACAUGGAUUGAUUAUACUAAUGUUGAUCAGAUGGAUUUUCUUUUUUUCCGUGUCCAAUUACCUUGAGUUGUGCUCAGCCUGUGUAUCUGUUUUAAAUAAAAAGGAUGACGUCCACAAA